CGAUAGUAUCGCCACAUCCACCACAACCGAAAUAGUUGGUGUUGUUGUUUUUGGUAGUAAACAUAUAAAAAUUUUAAACGUUAUAUCCUACACGUACCAGUUCAAUGAAGUAGUAUGGAUCUAGCCCUACUCAUAUCCGAAGCCGUGCUCAUCGAUGGCGACAAAGUGAAAGUGAAAGCGUGCACAAACGGUGACGAUUUGGUAAUAAACGAGCAUAGUCUUCAAUUUAAUUUGCAUAGCAGUAUUUUCCCCUCAUUAAUUGACGUAUCUUCGUUAGUUUCGUUAAAUUUAAGCGCGUGUAAAUUAACAUUUCUACCGGAUGACUUAAAAAAUUUGUCGCUAACCGAAUUAGACUUGUCGAAGAACGCCUUUCGCGAAGUGCCUAAAUGUAUUUAUGACGGACUGAAGGUUUUACAAGUGCUUAACUUUUCGCAUAACAAAUUGUCAUGGUUUGACGCGCCGAGAUGCCUGAUUAAAUUGCGCGUGCUGAAAAUUAACCACAACGACUUUAUGGACAUACCGCCUUGGAUUUUGAAAGUAUUUGCGCUAAAUUUGGAGGAAUUAGACUAUAGUCACAAUUGCAUAAUCUCUCUUAAGGCAUGCAGAUUUUAUCUCACUCCGAUGCAUUGUCUUAACAAACUCGAGUUGCGUAACUGCGAAAUGCGGAGCGACGACUUUAAAUACUUGAAAACGAUCCGCACGCUUAAACACCUUGAUAUUGGCAACGAUGAAAGCGCGUCAACAAUGAAUAGUUUCGUUUCCAAUGACUUACUGCAGUUGUUCAUCUCGCCCCAUUGGGCGAAGAAUUUGACAGUAUUAUCUCUCAAUUACUUGUACAUUUCGGACCUCCCGGCGGAAAUAUCAAACCUACCGGCAUUGGAGGAGCUGCACUUGCGCAAUAACGAGCUACUCUGGCUUCCCGAAGCGUUUCUAAUACCAACCCUUCAACUACUGGAUCUCUCAUUUAAUCGCGUGGCGAUUUUGCCGAAAAAUCUCUCGGGAAUGCCCAAAUUACGAAUUCUUCGGCUGGAGGCGAACGGUUUGGAAACUUUGCCGGUCAUGCCCUCCCACUUGGAAGAACUGGAUUUGUAUAACAAUAAGUUAGAGACAUACUGUAAUACACAAGGCGAUCUUCGAAAGUUGGACUUGGAGAUGAACUACUUUGAUACUUCAACUCUGGGCGACUUCGAGCGCUACUUGGAGAUGAAGACUGCGAUACGUGGUGGAGGGGAUUGCUUUAGGAAUGACGGUUUUCACAGGAUACCCGAGCCGGAAGAUGAAGAAAGUGACACGGAUUCUGAAAUUGAUUCAUAUUGUGAUAAUGAUGAGGUUAGGAGCGCCGGUGAUGGCUGCGUAGAGGAGUGCUGGGAUGACGAGCAGUGGGGCGAGGGUGCUAAAUUUUCGGGUGAUGAUGGCGUUACACUGUCAGAUGUCGAGUUUAACGGUUAUCAGGAAGAUCCACCAAAACCGAAAGUUCAGGGGGCGCGCGUUGUAUUACCUGACUGGGUGUAUUGCGAUGUACCCAGCGAGGAGUAAGCGGAUCUAAAUUGAUGAUGGCAUUCUGCUGUGAUAAUUUUGCAAUGGCUGCCUACCGAUUGUGUUCUUUGUUUGCAAUUGUCGCGUGUACCUUUAUUGUUUUGUUAAAAAUAAAAAA